AUGUCGUCGUCGCUGCCUUUUGAAAGAUGCUUUCUUGUACUUCUGGCUCCAUGUUUUGCCGUUUCACAUUUCGACGCCGGGAUCACUUUUCCUACGGGUGGCAUGACGGAUCUCGUCUGGCUCCCGUCGAUGAUCCAGGAAAUCGACGAGGUCUGUGUGUCGUCUCAACGAAAUGUUAAGACGAAUGAAGAUCGUGCCAUGGUUUAUUACUCACAAUUCGCAAAUCUGCCUCCGGAGUAUACUCCUGGCCGAGGCAGUGAGGGCCAAAGUGUGGCACACUUGACAAGCAGGACCACCACCAAGCCUCGAGGCUGCAGCAGACGAGACAUUUUGCCGUUUCUUAGCCCUACGACUUGGGCGGUAUGCUUGCCUCCCUCUCCUCAACAGCACAGGGCGAGGAGGAGGACCCUACUGGCAGCUUGA